CUUUUGCGCACUGUUGAGUCAGCAUUUAGUGACAGAGACAUGUUUGGCUUUGCGGGGCACUUUGUUUUAAAGUGCAUUAACCCUAGUGAAAACUUUUUUUUUUUCCACUUUAUCUCGGGCCGAGUGGUUUUACCCUGUAGUGUUGAAGAGUAUCAAGUUGGCCAGCUCUUUUCUGUGGCAGAAGCAAGUAAAAAUGAAACGGGCGGUGGUGAAGGCAUAGAGGUACUCAAAAAUGAACCCUAUGAGAAAGAUGGGGAGAAAGGCCAGUACACACACAAGAUUUACCAUCUAAAGAGUAAAGUCCCAGGUUUUGUCAGGCUCAUAGCCCCUGAAGGCUCCUUGGUAUUCCAUGAAAAAGCAUGGAACGCCUACCCCUACUGCAGAACCAUUGUGACGAAUGAAUAUAUGAAAGACAGUUUCUUCAUUAAGAUUGAGACGUGGCACAAACCAGACAUGGGAACACAAGAAAACGUGCACAAGCUGGACGGCUCCACAUGGCGGAGCGUAACCGUCGUGCCCAUUGACAUCGCAGACAGAAGCCAAGUGUGUGCCGCUGACUACAAGCCUGAUGAAGAUCCGGCGAAGUUCAAGUCAGUUGAAACUGGCAGAGGACCUCUGGGGCCAAACUGGAAGGAAGAGCUGGCGAGUAAAAGUGACUGCCCAAAGAUGUGCGCCUACAAACUAGUCACAGUCAAGUUUAAGUGGUGGGGGCUGCAAACCAAAGUGGAGAACUUCAUCCAUGAGCAAGAGAAGCGGAUCUUCACGAACUUCCAUCGGCAGCUCUUCUGUUGGAUUGAUAAGUGGGUGGACCUGAAUAUGGAUGAUAUCCGGCGAAUGGAGGCAGAGACCCAGAGGGAGCUCGAAGAGCUUCGCAGAAAGGGUGAUGUACGAGGAACCAGUGCUGCGGACGAAUGAGAAGGAGCGGGGCUACGAAUGAGCCGAGCCCGCCAAGAAUGCUCCUUUGUUUGCCACUUUUUACCUUAACUGAUCUGGGCCUGCGGAGGAAGGAGCACAGCUACCUGCAAUCGAUAGCGCAGAUCCCUGACUUGACCCCAAUCAUAGACAUUCUGUCCACAGAGGAAUUGAUUUUUAGAAACCGACAAGAUCCUCGCUGAUAAGACUCUGGUUAAUUUUGAUCGUCUGGGCAGAGAAAAAGCCAGCCGUCGUCAUCAUGUAAACCAGACUCAGAAAAGCGUGAGAAGGUAUGUGCUGUGUAAAGCAGUACAAAUUACCAAUCUGAAGACCACAGCGGAAGGACCAAAUAUUUCCUUUUCUCUUUUACAUAGUUUUUUUUUUUUCCCACAUUCCUGUCAAAACGAUGUCAUAUAUGACCCUGCGCUCUCUAUAAUGUAUUUGAAUUCCUCGUUUGUAAAAACUCAUGUUGCUUCCUGCCACAGCCUCCAUUAAGUGAUUACUAACACCCUUGGCGUCCAUGCCUGUUUUAGCCCCCUCGCUCACCCCCUGCCCCACCUUUAACCAAAGCACUGCAUCUUAUUAUCACUGACAAUCAUGCCUGCACAGGUCUUCACUCUCUCCUGUUCAGACUUAGCGAAAAACGCAUCGAUGACACAUGCGCCAGAACCCACGGACGAACGUGCGAAUUCACCCGGUAGGUGUGUGAACAGGCACAGGUGUGGAUACCUUUGCACUGACUGAUCUGUUACAAGCUCAAGCCGGGCAGAUCCACACAGGCUCGUUCACCUAAAGGAUGUUAACAGCUCCCCGCAGCCCCCACACCUCCCCCAUACUCGCUCUUCUGAAGACGUUGGUGCAUAACGCACGGUGCGGCGUUCACCUCUUUAACAGAUGUCCCUAGAGGAGGGGGAAGGGGGGGGGGGGGAGAAAAAGUGCACUGAAAAACAGCCACAGAUGGUGCUACACCCCUGCAGCCAAACUUCGCCGCGCUGAACCGGCCCGCGUCCAGAGGCCAGCCGUGCUCAUCUGGUUUACUGAGGAGGAGAGUUUCCACCACGCUUGGCUCUCCAGCUUCAAGCCCGUCGUGUUUCCAGGUUCACAGUUGCUUUAUUAGUGCCCAGUCAACACCAGCACCACGCAACACUCGCCUAAACCUUUUUUUUUUUUUUUUUCAUAUCUGACACCUCGCAUAGCUCUGCCAGCUAGUGCUAGCUACCUCCCCUCUUUUCAGACUGGCAGCUUUGCUGAUGCCUAAGUAUUACCGUUAGCCGUGAGCUGCUGCUGCUGCUUCCUGCGGGACUAAAUCUCAGCAGACAGUGCUUUGUGAGUGACGGUGUAUGUGAUCAGUCUCUACCCCGGUUAUUCAGGGGAGCUGCAUGUUUGCGUGCACUUGCAGCUAAGCAACUCUAGGACCUUUUUUAACAUGUAAAAAGAAAUCCGCCUGUGUGCUUUGUCACACCCAAAUGCCGCAGAUCUCCACGUAACGUUAAACUGAUUUACGUCGCAUGAUCGGUUUCUAUUAUUGCGUUUUCUUUCUUUAGCUCUCAAAAAGCCACGUGGAAUAAGCCCCCUUUGGUUGGUGUUACACACAUAAAAUACACUUGGUUUACUAUUUUGAUCCAUGCUGAGUCUCUAUGUUCUAGUUGUGUUGUCUUAAAUUAUCAUUUCUUUUCAGAAUCCUCAAUUUUUACCUCUCGAAAAAGAAAUAUGGCCUAUUAUGUAUUGAUUCUGUUUGUCUGACAAUGUAACAUUACCUUCUUGUUGUCCAGAGUAAAAGUGCAGAUCUGUUACGUUUACAUGCUCUCCAAUCAACAUAGGAAACUUAAAGCCAAUGAAUGGUCUGUGUAAUAUUUCAACACAAAAUAUUCUCAGGUGAAUGAAAUGACUCAGAGCUUUAAGACAUUGUUGCUCCCAUGUCAGAAUGACAUAAAGUCCGCUGCUGCCAGAUGAUCGUGAUCCAGAUGUGCUACCAUCCCGCCAUAGACGGCUUCUGGAGAGCAAGAACUGGGAGCGGCAAUUGAAACACUGUGUGUGAUGAACCUAGUGUUUCCAGAUGAAUCAGAAUGGUUUCUGCCGCGUAAGAGAGAGACUUAUUCAGAGCUUUAAGAACUGUUGCGAUAACGGAAGAAUAUUGAUGAAGGAGCUGUAUUAUCUUUAGGUGUGAAAUCCACAACUAUUAAAGGCUUUUUAACAGUUUUGAUUAGAUUGUGAAAAAUCAGCUGUAAUGGUGGUGAAUGUAUGAACUAUCGUGCCUUUUCCUUUUCUAGAAUUUGUGUGUACUACGUAUGCUUACUGUAUCCAGUUAUCAAUAAAUUGUCUUUAAAUUA